AUGAGGUCAACUUCUCUUCUAACCUUCUAUUCUCUCCUCAUAUCUGCUUUCACUUCUGCCAUCGCCCCGCCCCCAUCUCAAGACUGCUGGUAUGAUCAGCCCAAAAACAUAGGCUCCUACAAACCCGGAGACAUCGUCCGUUCUCGCUCGUUGGCCCCCGAGCUAGAAUCGCUGACGUCCCUCCCUGUCAACGUCUCCGUCAAAGCCGUAUCCCAGUAUCUGUUUCGAACAACAGAUAACCUCGGUGCAGCAGCAGCAGCUGUGGUCACUUUGAUCGAACCCCAUAACUCCAAUCCCAGCAAAGUACUGGGAUACCAAACAUACUACGACAGUGCAAAUGUGGACUGCAGUCCAUCUUACACAUUGCAAACAGAAAAUGAUACCUUGACCGGCUCGGUGGCCAGCAUAUCCCUAGAUCCCCCAUUCAUUGCCGCAGCCCUAAACCUAGGCUGGUGGGUCUACACAACCGACUACGAAGGCCUAAACGCCGAAUACACAACAGGUCUCCAAUCCGGCUUCGCAGUGCUGGACUCCACCCGCGCAGUCCUGAACAUCGGCCCUUCACUCGGGCUAUCCCGAAACCCCAAUUACGCACUAUGGGGCUACUCUGGCGGCUCUCUCGCCUCAACCUGGGCAGCCGAGCUGCAGCCCUCAUACGCACCUGAGCUUCACUUCGCGGGCGUGGCAGUCGGUGGCACGGUCCCGAAUGUCAGCUCGGUGUUGCACACGAUUCAUAACACUUCCGCUGCGGGGCUAACGUUCUCUGGUCUGUAUGGGAUAUCGAAAGCUUUCCCGGAUAUGAAGGUGUGGUUGGAGGAGAAUUUGGUCCCGGCAAAGAAGGAGUCGUUCUAUUCGAUUGCGGAUGGUUGUUUGGCGGAGGCGAGUGCUGCCGGUGCGUACAAGGAUAUAUAUUCAUAUUUUGUGCACGGGAAGGCUUCGUUUGAUAUGGAGGUGCCCAGGUCGAUUUUUCAUUGGUAUGGCCAAUUGGGGAUUCAUGGGACACCUUCUGCGCCGAUGUUCGUUUACAAGGCUAUUGGGGAUGAGAUCAGUCCUGUCACAGACACCGAUGAGGUUGUUGCUGAGUAUUGUGUUGAUGGGGCGAAUAUUGAGUAUCAUCGGAAUUCGGUCGGAGAUCAUGAGAGUGAGUCGGUUGCAGGGUCGGGUAUUGCUUUGACUUGGCUGUCGGAGCGAUUGAAUGGAGUCAAAGCGGAGAAGGGAUGUCAUGUGAAGGACGUGACUGUUUCUUCUUUGAGUUCGGAGACACUGGCCUUGUUUGGGGAGACGCUAUAUGCUAUUCUUGAGGCGGCUUUAAGUGAGUUGCUUUAA